UAGAAUUCGUUAAAGUAAUCGUAAAAGCUUUACUAUACCCAUAUGAUGUGUAAUUUAACUUUCGUGAAAACAUAAUUUACAAUUAUUUGCGUAAUUAAGAUGUCAUCAUGUUGGCUACAACAUUCGCAGUGUACCACAAUCAAAACUGAUACGCAAUUGUCAAAACACACGGCGCGAAAACAGACGCUUGCACAAAAACUACACAACAAACCGUGCUCAAUGUGUUCGCAUCGGAAAAUUUUUUAUUUUUAAACUGUUGUUUUGCCCAAGGCAUCUUAACUUUAAUAAAAUGCGUAAGAGCCUUGUACCACAGCGAUGUAUAGCGUCGAAUGCUGUGCAUUCACCGUUCAAGAGCCCGCUGUCGGCUCAAAAACGCCAACGGGAAUGCCGCAAGCGUGGAUUGGAAAAGGGCGACAAAGAACAGCCACCAACACCGAAGCUAUCGGUUUCCGAACACGAGCUAAUGAUAAUGAAAAUAUUGACCCAACCGUUCAUGAUACCGAUCGCAAACUACGUGCCGGAACAUUCGACGCGAUGUCUGGGCAUGAAGCGUUCUGCUGCUCGGCGUGCCUUACAUGACCCCUAUGCUUGCAAUGCUCUUGUGCUGUUUGCUCCUCCGGAAUUGUCCGAGCAUGACAAACUUAGAAUGGAUAAGAACAAGAUACAGGUGCACGUGGUUGUGGACCCAUUGCUUGGCAACAUUCUACGACCGCAUCAACGAGAAGGUGUGAAGUUUAUGUACGAUUGUGUAACCGGUGCUAAGGGCGAUUUCAAUGGUUGCAUUAUGGCCGAUGAAAUGGGGCUAGGUAAAACACUGCAAUGCAUCACCCUGCUCUGGACGCUGCUACGACAAAGCCCGGACUGCAAACCUACCAUUAGCAAAGCCAUCAUCGUGUGUCCAAGUUCGUUGGUAAAGAAUUGGUACAAGGAGUUCGGCAAGUGGCUCGGAUGUCGCGUUAAUUGUCUAUCAAUCGAUGGAGGAUCGAAAGAGCAAACGACGAAAGAACUGGAACAGUAUAUGGCCAAUCAAAGUCAACGGCACGGGACACCUGUUUUGAUAAUUAGUUACGAAACUUUCCGGUUGUACGCAAACAUUCUGAACCAUUCCGAGGUGGGUGCGGUGUUGUGUGACGAGGGACAUCGGUUAAAGAAUUGCGAGAAUCUUACCUAUCAGGCGUUGAUGGGUCUAAAGACAACACGAAGGGUUCUGCUGUCGGGUACACCGAUUCAAAACGAUCUGACAGAAUAUUACAGCUUGUUGCACUUUGUUAAUCCUGGAAUGUUAGGAUCAACUGCGGAAUUCCGUAAACAAUUUGAAAAUCCGAUCCUUCGAGGGCAGGAUGCAAACUCAACGGACACAGAGCGGGAAAAGGCAGCCGAACGACUGCAGGAGCUCGCAGGUCUCGUGAACCGAUGCAUGAUCCGUCGAACCAGCGCACUGCUCACGAAAUACCUCCCGGUGAAGUUUGAAAUGGUCGUGUGUGUGCGUAUGACCGAGGUUCAGACGGCACUUUACAAAAGCUUCCUACAAUCCGAUACCAUCCGUCGUAGCGUAAUGGAAAAAUCUGCUUCAAAAGCAAGCUUAACGGCACUUUCUAACAUCACCUCACUGAAGAAACUGUGCAAUCAUCCAGAUCUGGUGUACGAUAAGAUACAGGAGCGAGCGGAUGGGUUCGAGAAUGCCGCCAGCAUCCUGCCGGAUAAUUACAGUCCCCGAGAACUACGACCAGAGCUGGGCGCCAAGUUAAUGUUGCUAGAUUGCAUGCUGGCCUCGAUUAAAACGAACACUACUGAUAAGAUAGUGCUCGUUUCUAACUAUACACAGACACUUGAUCUAUUUGAGAAGCUGUGCCGGAAGCGUGGCUACGGUUACGUGCGCCUCGAUGGCACGAUGACCAUAAAGAAGCGCGGCAAAGUGGUGGAUGAAUUUAAUCGACCCGAUUCGAAAGAUUUUAUCUUCAUGCUUAGCUCGAAAGCGGGCGGCUGUGGAUUGAAUCUCAUCGGUGCCAACCGACUUGUGAUGUUUGAUCCCGAUUGGAAUCCGGCCAACGACGAACAGGCAAUGGCACGUGUAUGGCGCGAUGGACAGAAGAAACCCUGCUUCAUCUAUCGUCUACUGGCCACCGGUUCCAUUGAGGAGAAGAUCUUCCAGCGCCAAACACACAAGAAAGCCCUCUCGACAACGGUGGUCGAUAAUGCUGAGGAUGGUGAAAGACAUUUCACACAGGAUGAUCUGAAGGAUCUGUUCAAGCUGGAUGAACAGACGCGUUCGGACACACACGACAUUUUCCGCUGCAAACGUUGCACCAACAGUGUUCAGAUGAAGCUACCGCCGGACGAUAGUGACUGUAUGUCGGAUUUGGUACAUUGGUACCACUGUGCCAACAAUAAAGGCAUCCCGGAUGAAAUCUUGUCCAAGUCGUGGGAUAUUACCGGGUGCGUUUCGUUCGUGUUCCAUCAUCGUUCCAAUUCGGCCGUGGUUGAGCAACAGCUGGCGGAACAGAGACGCCUGCAGGCACUGGCCGCGAAGGAGGAAAAAGACGAAGAGGAGGAGGAUGAUAAAGAGAACGAGGGAUAUAAUUCUCAAGGCGACGAGGAGCACGAAGAACCAUCAGAUGAUGAAAAGGAUGUUGAUUUUGUUGUGUAACGCAAGCCAACAUACGAUCGUUUAUUAAAAAAAAGAUCCUUAACCAAUGAUUCCCUUUUCUUUUUG